CAGCGCUCAUAGUAACACCACGGAUGCGCAUCGAAAGGCGCGGAGGACGACACGAUCCACCGAUAAGGCGGACUACUACAGGCGUUUUCACGUUAAAAUGAGACUCUCUUCACAUUAUAAAGCCUAACCGCUUUAAACGAUGGAUAUUGAUGUUUUUGGCGGAUGGACUGAAACGAUGAACGUGGUACCUUCAGACGUUUGGAAACUGCUUCCAAGGAUGAACCAGACAUGUGGAGGUCCACAGAUUUUUUUUCUGAGGUCUUGGCUGAUUUCUUUUGAUUUUCCCAUGAUGUCAAGCACAGAGGCACUGAGUUUGAAGUGGUGGAGAAUGUAGGUACUUUUGUGAGUGUAGAUGCGCAGUUGGGCACCAACAGUUCACCGGUUAGAUGGAAAGCCUGGAGCUGGACAGAGAAUCCAUGGGGCAGGCCUCCCAACCACCAAAAGGGGAACACUGACCUAAAAAUAAUUUAAUGGGGAAAAUAAGCAGAGUCUCAUUAAGAUGACACGCACAGAUACGCCUGACAUACUAGGAUCAACUGUGUAUCAAGAUGUCAAAGUGAAUUCCCUCUCAACCCACUCAAGAUCCUAUAAUCCCUCAAAACAAUGUGAUUCCUCAUCCAUCAGCAAACUGGAGGACACGCGAAAAAAAAGUGAAAAAAGGCACAGCCGUAGCUUUGACACUGAGUCUAAGGACAAACUUAAAUAUCAUACAAUAGCAAUGGAGUACCCAUACAGAAGGGCUGAGAGGUACGCGGCCAAUCCAGAGGUUGCCUGGAAUGCCUUAGGUCGCCAACAAGGGCAUGGACUCCACCGUUUUUCUUCCCCAGACCUGAUUAACUACCGUCUCGCCACCCAGCCAGCAACUGCUGACAUGCCCGCUGAAAUCGCUGUGACCGAAUUAAAGAGGAGGGCCAGAUCAAGAAGUGCCUCAAGGGUUCAGACCAGCCUCACCCCGGUAUCAUUCGAUGCCUCUCCUCCAGUUGCAAGGAGGGGCAGGGAAGCUCAAAGGGCACAUAGAAUCCCUCAGCCAAGGCCAGAAUUUUCCCCAAGAAGAGAGUCUUCCCAUACCAUUACGCGGGCACAUAUAAAUGAAGUACACCCCAUCAAAUUGCAGCCACAGAGGACUGAUACAAGCCGGUAUUCCCCUAUAUAUGUGUCUGAAGGCUUCGAUGAAGGAAGGCCAGAGAAACCUGCAACUAGCCCUCAUGUUCGGUGCCGAGUGGAUAUUAAACCAGACGAGUCAGCCAUGCAACAAGGUGGUGGGAAGGCGGCUACUCCCCAGGUGGACAUACCUUGGCAAAAGUAUCCAAGCAGUGGCAUUCGGAGUCUGACAGUGCCUCGCCAUUUCUCCACCUCUAGGACACCAACACCCACUGAAUCUUUAACAGGAGAAUACAGGCAAGCGUACCAGUAUUCCCAAAGUAUGCCAAAUAGUUACAUGCAGCCUAUGGAGAUCUCCUUACAAAAGGUGGUCUCACCACGGGAGCCAAGGGAACACUAUGGAAGGGAACGAAGGGCUCAUUCAAGUCCCAACGUGCCAACUAAAUUCUUCUAUGCAGAGGAUUUGGGGAAGUAUGGAUCUUCGGCUCCAUCGAGGACAUACUUUCAAGAUGACCGAUACAGCAUUCCGUGCCAAACCUACUCACCUAAAGUACAAUAUAUUCAAGAUCCAAGGACUCACAUUGUUCAUACUGUUCCUGCCAGAUCAUAUUUAACAGAACAUGACCCCUAUCAUUACUCUGGACAACAUGUAUACCCUAAACCCUAUGCUGGAAGUGAACCAGGGGCAUAUAUAAUACAGAAACCCCCAGCAAGAACUUUCUAUGGGGAUGACCCAAGGACUUACCAGAUACAAACAGCCCCUCCUCGCAUUUUCUACAUGGCCGACCCCUUCACACCACCAAUGGAGCAUCAUAUUCCAGCAAGGGCAUAUUAUACAGAAGGCAAAAGACAUGCCCGUGUAGUUCAGCCACAAUCAGAUGACUGGUAUGGCUCAGAGGUGUCUGGCUACUCUAGCCACUACCCCUCCUCCUAUGUCUCACAGGUUACUCCUACAAGAGUUAGACAAGAGCCAAAGCUAACACCUUGGUAUGCAAACCCAUGCAUGGAGCCUACAAGAACUGUAACAGACCCAAGACCUUACUCACGGUCUUGGGAUAACAUCCUUGAUACCCGUAAAGAGAGGGAACAGCCUGUGCCCCGAGGAAAGAGUGAUGAAAAUCUUCUAUGCCAAGAAAUACAAACUGAAAGACCAAAACCUGUGGUUGUUAACCUCUCAAGCUCGCCAAGACGUUAUGCCGCUCUGUCCUUAUCUGAAAACUCUUUGAUUGAAAAAAGCCCAACUGAGGCCAAGAGCUCUUUAAGCAAACUAUUGUUUGUCACGCCGGAAAUUACCAUCACAGACAACGACAUCAGACCAAGCAACCUGAGUAAAUCAGAUCCUCGCUCUGCAAGUUGGGAUGUGCUGGAUUCAAAAAGUCAAGACGCCCCUAAACGUGAAGCAAAGUCCCACUCAGUAGAAUCUACCAAAGGAAAGAUGCACAGCACCACAUCCCUAAAGCAAAGUUUAGAGCAGCUUGAUGAGCUUCUAGCUGACCUUGUCAUUGAUUACAAACCUCCAGCUAGGGGGACCAGUGAAGGCCUCCUUGAUCAGCUCAAAAAACUCAUUAAUGAAGAAGAAGCAGUAUCUUCAGUAAGAAAAGAUUCAACAGCAGGGUCUGAAAGUGGUAUGCCCCUUGACAAACAACCUACUUCAAUAAAAAUGUAUCCUGACACUCUAAGAGACACUGAUUGGAGUUGUGAUGGGCUCAGAAGUAAGGAGGAGUGCUCCCCUGACCAGAGCCCAGAUGAGGAUGACACAAUGAUGUGUUCAAACAACAAAUGCCGUCGGACCGAGACGUUGUUUAACGCUUGCCUCUACUUUAAAUCCUGCCACAGCUGUUACACCUACUACUGCUCUCGCAACUGUCGCCGUGAAGACUGGGAUGUUCAUAAGGAGAGCUGUCUUUAUGGGCGAAUUGGUAGUGUGUGCCGCCACAUUAUUAAGCACUGUCGAGAAACGGCAGAGGUCCACAGAGCUUUCUCCCGUAUAGCCAAAGUGGGAUACCUAUCUCGGGGAAGGGGUGUGCUGUUUUUGGGAUUUCCAAAUCCAGGUUCAUCCACCAAUUUCCUUCAGUUUGGACUGGAAAGUUUACUCAUGUCUCCAACAUACUUAUCUCUUCGUGAGCUGGAGAGCUUUAAGGAUAACCUUGGGGAUUAUUGUAAGGAGCUCCAAGAGGCAGGAAAGGAAUAUGACCCUAAUGAAUGUUUCCUCUUGAAUGUAUCCAUCGCUGUUGGCGAUCAAGUGCCUGGCGGACCAUCACCAAGGGUCCAAGCCCCAACCGUCAGAAAAUUUGCCAAGAUAGCUCUAGCCUCCUAUAGCCCAGAAAAGAAGGCCCAUAGGAAGGAAAGUGACAUGGAGACGUUGAUCCUCACCCCACCUCCAGGUAUGGCUGAUAUUGACAAUGAAGGCGAGAAGGGACGGAAAGCCAGGGAGAUAUGCUUCAUCAACAUUCAGCGGGAGUUGAGGAUACGUGGGGUGUUUCUUCGCCAUGAGUAUCCCAAUGUCUACCAAAAGCUCUGUGAAUUUGUUGAGAACAACAGAAGGUUCACACCUACCACUAUUUACCCUAUUGAUAAAAGGACCGGAAAGCAGUUUAUGUGCAUGAUUAUGGCAGCGUCUGAGCCACGAACUUUGGACUGGGUAGCCAAUCCACACCUCCUAGAUGACAUUAUUUAAACAAGUGCACCUUUUAUAUAUUAAUGCAUAGAUCUGACUACAGCACAUAUCACUUUACGAUAUACAGUAUCAAGCUUAUUUGUUAUACAUGUUUGUAGAUACGUAUUUUGUUAUUUGAAAAAAAUGUAUUCAUGUUUGCAAGGUCACUAUUAUUCAGCGUUGGAAUAUUGCAACGUCAGAUGCUGAAUAUGAGUUAUCCAUAUUGUUUAUUCAUUAACUUGUUAUUGUUAUCUAGUCCAAGGUUUGGUUAAUGUAUGCUUACAUUUCAGUGGCAGUUAUUGCCUUUCAAUUUGGUACCAGUUCUCUUUUGAUAUCAUUCUUUUCUUAUGGUUCACAAAGAGAAAAAAGGAUCCUAUUUAUUUAGGCAAACUACAGAAUUAUAUACUAAUUUACUUCAGAGUUGAAUAUUCUUUUCCUAUGCAACAAUUAUCAACACUGUCCCUCAAAAGUUUUGGCUAAAGAAAUAUAGUACUACGUGUAUGUAUUUUUAUUGGUAUGUAUAAUACAGGCAUUGUAUUAUAUUAUAUUAUAUUAUAUUAUAUUAUAUUAUAUUAUAUUAUAUUAUAUUAUAUAAUCUAGAAGAACUGGAAUUUAAGAAUAACUUCAGUACUGCACAACAGAAUCACAAUACACAAAGGGCCCUGGAUUAUCCAUGGCCUAUAUAGGGUACUCUGAGGAAUGGCUUUAAUUAAAAAAAAAGAGCUGCUUAGAAUUAAUUGGCAAAGUUUCAGUGCUUAGAUUGUGCUCCAACUUGGUAAAUCGUUUUUGUAAAUGGUUUAUGUAAUUUAGGUUCCAAUUUAAUGAAGUAAUUUGUGCUUUUAUGUGUUUUGUCAAAUUACUUGAGCAAUAAUGAACUUGAAAAACAAAGUAAACCUAGAAAACAUUGUCUAUAUGGUAUGGUAUCAGUGAUGUGCUGCACAUGUUGGCUGGUACUGUUCCAUCAGAAACACUGUGAACAAGACAUCACUGUAUGUGUAAUUGAUAGAGUCCCCGUGUGAUCACUUAAUAGACUUGGAAAUAUUUUAGUAGUUAUAAAGAUUAUGAGGAAUAUGAUAUGAGAUGCAGUUGUAGUUUUGUUUCUAGAAAAAAUGCACAUGAGUUGCAGUUGCUGUACGAUAUAUUGAUUAUUAAGCUUGGGAAAAAAGUUUAGUUUUGUGGUUUUGUUGUCACUUACUGGUUUUACAUUGAUGGUUUUACACAAAUGCUACAGUGCAAUCUCAACAUGUAGCAAAACAGCUCACGGAUUCUUGAGAUAUGCCACAAAAUGUCCCACAAUUGUACCUGCAAUUAGUUUUGAAUAUAAUAUUUGUACUUUGAGAUAAAUUAGAUGAUCAUUGAAUGUUCUUAACACAAUUGAACAAUUUUAUUUUAUUUUACUUACUUUUGCAAACUUGACAACUUUUCUUUCUCAAUAACUCAAUACAGAUUAAACAUAUAUAUUAAGAUAAACAGAACUCUAAAUAUGUAUCUAGGAAAGAAACAUUAGUGCUGUGUCCUGACAAAGGAAGAGGUAAAAAUAUACCCCUUUUAUACUCUGCAAAAAGAUGUAUAUUUUUUUUUAUAAAUGUACGCAUUUCGAUUUCAUAGCAAAAUUCCAUCAAAUUAAAUUGUGUAAUGUUUAACAAAAUUAAUUUAAUAAAGCUGAAAAUAUAUAUAUUUAUAUUAAAAAAUAAUAAUAAUAAUAAUUUAAGAUUAAUCAGUUUGAUUUGAUGUCAUUUUGUUUGGAAAUUGAAAUGCGUAAAUCUUAAAAUAUUUUUCAAUACUGUUAUUUGUAAAGAAUUUGUUUGGGAAUGGAUCGGAUUAGUCAAAAUCAGAUUUCAAGAAGUUUAUUUAUUUAUUGAUUUAUUUGUUUGUUUUUUUAUGCAUGAGAUGUUAGGCAGAAUUCAGUCACCAGUCACUUUCAUUUAAUGGAAAAAAGAUGCAAUGGCUAACAUUCUGCCUAACAUCAUCUUUUGUGUUCCACGAAAAAAAAAAAAAAAAGAGGGUGAGUAAAUGAUGACAUUUUUUUUUUUUUUUUGGCUGAACUAUCCCUUUAAAGUCGAAUGCUAUAAUCUGUCAAUAUUUGACAUGGCAGUUUAUAUUCAUUUAUUAUCAAAUGGUGUUGACAUUAUGAGUGAUGGGCAAGGAACACACACACACACACACACACACACACACACACACACACAAAUCAUGUUUACCUACUUAACAAAACAAUUCUUUUGGUACAUAAACUUUUAUUUAUUUAUGUCCAGUUCAGUAGCCUGUUUUGUCCCAGUACUCAAGAAUCAGUGAGCCUGUGACACCUGUGAAAACUAAGAAAUUAAUUUUGUCAUGUACGUUCAGUUCAUUCAUAUUUAAGCGAUUGUCAUCCGUCUCUUUUAACUUUCAGAUUAUAUUUUGCCUGACAAAUUUGUUCACUGCUUUACUAAUUUUUUAAUAUUGUCCCCCAAAGAUUUAUGUCAUAGCACUACCAUGCUCUGAAUUCAAAUCACUGUUGACCUCUAUUGCACAUGUCCCAAGGGUUUUUUUCAUUUCUUUAUUUUUAUUAUUAAGUGAAUAUAUACAAUGAUAAACAGAAGGAAAUGAUUGCAUGUGAUUCUAUUUUUUCUCAUCAUUGCAUUAAUAUAAUUAACCUGCCUGAAUAUUUGAUAUUUGAAAAAAUACUGUAAAUGAGGGAUAAAGUAUAUAGUAAAAUAUAUGAAUAUAUCUAUAUAGUAGAAGUGAUAUUUUUAAAGAUCAUUGUGUCAGCCAUUGCUGUUAUGCUGAAAACAAGUCAG